AGCGACCAGGAGACCGUGGGUAACGGUCCGGAUCUCUGUAAGUACUCACUGUUUUGCUAUUGAAGGUCGUUGAUGAGAGAUGGCUUUUCGUUCAAGUAAGUGAGUCACCAGUGUAAGUAGUAUCUAUUUUAUCCCCUUGUCAAACAUUAUCACAUUGACCUUUCUGCUGAGAUUUCCUUUUUCAUUUCCUUUACACAUAUUAUGAAAAUUCGACAUCAAACUAAGAGAAAAUGGAUGGCAUGGAGGAAAACAACCCGGAAGACCAAGCGCCCGACUUGUUUCUCACCGACGCCAACCUGAUCGCCGACUAUGACUUGGUGGGCAACUACACAGCGGUGGCCUCACCCGCCGAGGAUGCAGCCGCGCUGCGAGAUGAACAUCAAAAUAAUGGCGAGGUUGACCACGAUGAAUCGCCCUCGGCAUCGGACGAGGACAGUGCUGGCGGAGAGGGCAAUAUCCCACGAAAAAUCUGUUUCACUGUGAUGAUUUUGCAAGUUUUGCAUCACAAGUUUGUUCGGCAUCUCCACAAAGUAAGUUUGUCAUGCGAGCGACCUUCUAAGGGACAACACGCCUAAAAUAAGAUGCAUUUUCUUGCAUGUGAUGUAAGUAACAAGACAAACCUUUUUGCAAUGCACUUUCUGCAUUAGAAACAGUUUUUUCUCGCGAUAAACAAUUCCGACGAUGUUGGCCAAGAGGAUGAAAACUCGGUGGACGACACCCUGCACCGUCUCCUCGACGAGGACGAGGAGGACUUUUCGUCGGAGGCGGAAGGCCAGCAAACCUUCGUGGACUUGGAGGUUGGGCAGGACUUCGAAGAUGACCACUUUCUCGGUGGCGUCAAGGUGAGCAACGCGGCGAAGCGGCAGAAACUGGACGACAUGGCGAAGCGGAAAAAGGGCACGACUCUACCCCUCGGUGGUAUGGAUGUGUCAGGUUUGAAAUCGUCAAAGUUGAAACAGUUUGUCAUGCAUAAAACGGAUACCAGUGAGACCUACAGCGUGUAGUCGGUGCAUGACAAAUUUUCCCGGUCCUGGAAGCGAGUCUGUCAUGCGGUUUAGGGCAAAAGAGCUGCCUUUUUACAUGCUAGUCAGCAGUCCAACUUUUGACCAUUACCAGGACUAUAAUCUGCCUCCCGUGUGUCCUCUGCAAUAGAGUCACUUUCUGUGUCGCAUUUCAUGCAUGACAAAGAAAUCAUUUCAACUUUGACGAUUUCAAUCCUGACACUCCCAUAGGUGGUUUCCGCGUCGUCCCCGGAACUACGGGUGCGGCAUCGUCGUCCAGCAGUCGACCCCGCCCAGAGGACCACAUGCUGCUCGGUCGUCGUGGUCCUAACGACGUGGCCGCGAACCGGCGGAGCCGGCUGCGGGGGCUGGGUCACGGGCAGUUUAUCGCCGGGGGGUACGUCUUAUGAAUUGCAAAAGUAUCGUACUAGUUGUAUAAAUUGCAUAUACAAAUUGGCUCAGCAUUACAAAUCAAAUUUGUAAUGCGGAUUUGCCUUUAGUAAUGCAUAACUGCAAUUGCUACGAGUGUGAUACUUUUGCAGAGGAUACGUUUCGAAACAGGUGGUCGAAUCCCCCGAGAUGCAGGCCAUGAUGAAAAAGGCCAACAAGGAGUACUUCGGCGGACAGUACGCGGAGUGCAAGCAAACGAUCAAGGAAAUCACGACGCAGAUGGGCGCCGGGAUUGUGUCACGCGACGUGUACAUGCUGCUGGCGAACGUGCACGAGAAGGAAGGGCAGGAGGAGAAGGCGUUGAUAUCACAAGAAAAAAGUGUUACAGUUACACAUUUGUUGUAACUUCAGCAACACAAAUUUUCUCUGCAUGAGAGGGAAAAUUUGCAAUGCACAGAACAUAAGGGAAAUAAACACGUAGGAAAUGAAGCUCGGAAGCACUUCUGGCAUGACAGAGGUUGUCUUUCAUGCUGGGCUUGCAACACAAUGCGUAACUGUAACACUUUUUUCUCACGAUAGUUGACCACCAAGUACUACUGUUUGACCCGACUCGGCGGGAUCAACCUGGAGGACUACAAGACUGUGAUCGCGGCCAUGAUGAAGAACAAGAAGUUUUACGACGAGAAAAAGAAGGAAAUCUUGACCUUGUGCAAGAAGUGUGUGGCUAGCCGGCUCGCCGACGCGGAGGUGUAUACCACCAUCGGGAACCUUAUCAAAUGUAAAAAUGUCUGGGUCUGGAAGGAUGCAAGGUUUGUCAUGCAGGUUUUCCAUGGCCCAUGAGGUCUGGAAUGCGAGACCCAGCAUGACAGAUUCUCUGAGGUCUCUCUCAUGCCUUUCCUGCAGGAGAGACUCCCUCUCAACUUGGUCAAAAGCGGACAGCUUUUGGUACUCACGCAACACAGAUUUUUACAUCAUUCAGAUUUAGCAUGACAAGUUUUAAUCUUCCAGAUCCAGACAUUUUUGCAUUUGAUCAACCUGUUCGAGAAGCAAAAGGACUUGCAUUCCGCUUGCAACUAUCAUGUGCAAAAGUAUCGUGCUCGUAUUGCAAUCAUGCAUUACAAAUUUUUUUCCGAACGCUAAUUAGCAUUAGAAAUUUUAUUUCUCAUGCUGAGGAAAUUUGUAAUGCAUUCAUACGAGUGCGAUACUUAUGCAAUGCAUAGCAACCAGGGCUACCUCCGGGCGUUUGCUGUCGCGUACAGUGGCACCAACCGGGGGAGUGGUUCUACUAGUACUGAUCAUGGGCGGGCUCCUGCUCCGUCCUCGUCGGCCGCAGCUGGCCAAAAUUUGGCAUUGGCAGGCGGAAAGAACAAUAGAGCGACAAACGACAAAAAGGCCGCUGCCGCUGCAGCAAAGUCGGCAACUACUGCAGCAAGCGCUAGUACAACUAGUAGUGCAACCACGACAAAAUUGUCAACAACAACAUCAUCAAAGCAGUCCGUUGACGCUGCGGGAACGGACGCGGCUCGCGUUUUAUUUUCCCUCGGGAGGUGGGAUGACUGCGUGCGGAUUCUGGAACUUACCGCGGAACGAUCGUUGGAAGUCGGCGGCAAAAUCUCGGAUAACAUCCUCCUGCUGUUCGGCGAGGUUUUGUGUCUCCACCUCCGGGACUUCCGCCGUUGCGUCUCCCUUUUCUUUCGCGCGUGGGGCCUCGCGCGCACCGGCGACUCGCAGACGGACGCGGUGAUGAUUGGCCCGGGCCGGGUCAUCCGCCGAGUGUUUGGGCAGAAGGACCUGGUUAUGGAUUGCAAAUGUGUCUGGGUCUGGAAGAGUGCGAGAUUUGUCAUGCUAGUCUGGCAUGACACUGAGCCCUGUAUUGCGUGGUCAGCAAGUAGAGGUCCUCUGGUCUGUCCUGCAAAAACGCUGUUUCUCAUGCGGAAUAAGCAACACAAGGCCAGCACGGAAAAAUCUGUCAUGCUUGGCGGCGCAUUUUUACAGUCGUAUACCUACUAUUCACUAACAUGCAUCAGAGCCUUCCAGACCCAGACAUUUUUGCAUUUGAUACUGGUCCGCCUCAGCUGGCUGGCGAUCGCCUUGAUCGAACUGGGUCGGUACGACGAGGUGGAUAUCGCGAGGAAAAAUCCCCUCUCCCCAUAUCGAAAGGGAAAUUUGUGAUGCUGUAUUUGCGUACACAAAUCGAGUUGUAUUGCUAAAAAGCCAAGAGACGCAGUUGCGGCCUCCCUUGCAGGUAAUCUGUAUCUGUCAUGCUGUUUUUCGCUUCCAGUUGCCUCCUGUCAUGCUGAAGGCGCAAGGCUUUCCAACACCAGCCGGUACUACGGGCCGCAUCUCUUCCCUUCUAGAAUGAUAACGUAACUUGUGACUACAAAUCAUGCUACACAAAUCUCCGUUUUGAUAUGGGGUGGGGGGAUGUUUCCUUUUGAUAGUGGACGAAACGCAGCAGUACCACCGCGGUAGCACCGAAGCCGAGUGCGCCAUUUGUGUGGAGGCGGUGAACAGCAUCGUGGACCGGACCUCCGUGGAAGACAUCGCCGGGGAGUCCAUCCUGCACAACGUGGUCGACGCACUUAUGGAGUUCUCAAACGUUACAUUCUCAACUGUUACAUAAAUUUGUCAUGCAAGACGACCUUAAGCCGCCAGAUCGAUGAUCAAGCUGCUUCGCAUGACAAAUCUCCGAGAGGCUAAACAGCAUCUAAAUCUGUGCCAAAUCUGUGAUGCAAAAGCAGUCGAGAAUGUAACAGUUGAGAACGCCAUAGCACUCUUGGGGCAGGAGAAGGUGGAAGCCGCGCAUCGCCUGCUCCAAAAGUUCGUGGUCGCCGACCGCGUGUCGGCGAAAACGAGGGAACGGCUGGGGCAGUGCUGCUACCUCGAGAAGGACUAUGAAAACGCGCUGAAGCAUUUUGAGCAACUUCUGGACGAGGUCAGCCGCUCGGAGGAAACCGGCGUGGUGAUCGAAAAUGAGAUGGCCUUGCGGGUGCAGCUGGCGGAAAUCUACGUUUUGACGAAGCUAUGCAUUAGACAAAAGUAUAAGUAUCGGACUGUAAAGCAAAAAUUGCAUGAAGAUCUUCACAAACUUUAUCGCAAGGCACUUUUAUGGAAUUUCUCAUGGGGAUUUUGUAUUUCGAGGUACUUACUGAAAAGAAGCACACUUAUUUUCAACAUGCAGAACAACCGCCAAUUUUGCUACGAGUGCGAGAGUUGUACUUUUGCACAGGAUAGAGGAAUUCGGAACGGUUCGGCAAAGUGCUUUCCUCCGACCUGACCUACGCGAACUAUCAAACGCAAAAAUGUCUGGGUCUGGAAACUUGUGAUGCUGGAUGGCGUAUCAUGAGGAGGCCACAAGUGCUGGCUCAGCAUGACAAGUUUCUGAGCUUCUAGGUGUUGCCUAUUCUGCAUGACAAACUGCGUUUCUACAUGACAGAAAAGUGGCGCUCUUGGGCAACAUGCAUGACAGAUUUGAAGGUCAUGCCAGACAAGCAUGACAAACAUGCAUUCUUCCAGACCCAGACACUUUUACAGUUGAUACGAACCUGAAGAGUCUGAAAAAGCUCCCGGCGGCGAUGAGCCGGGGGGACCGUAUUGAGAGGAAAAAUCCCCCCUCGCCAUAUUGACAACGCAUUCGUCUGAAAAUUUGUGAUGCAGAUUUGAGGUCACAAAUCCUGUCUGUCUUGCAAGAAGGCAAAGCCAGAGAGUCCGCCGCGCUAUGCCGGCGGUUUGUGAUGCUGAAAGGCUUACAGAGCCGACAUCUGUCAUGCUAGUUCCCUACGUCAAAACCCUUCGACCCAGGCUUGGCAUAUGCCUGCAGUCCUCUCCAGCAAGACAGACCUGAUUUGUGUACGCAAAUCCAGCAUCAGAAACUUCGUUUCGAUAUGGGGAGGGGGGAUUUUUCCCUUUGAUAGACCGAGACCAGAGUUUUCGGGAGCUGUGGGAGGCGUUGCAAAAAGCUUGGGAGCUCCACAAGGGGCAGUUGGCAGCUAAGGCUGCAACUACUACAAGGGUGGAACAAGAGAAGAAUACAGGGGACGAUCAUGAGGUUCUUCAUGAAGGUUUUGGCGAAUUAUCUUCUAGUACAACGACCAAAAAAACUCCUGCAGCCAGAGCGGGCUCCUCGUCGUCUGCCGGGGCCGCGGUGCACGACCAGAAUAGGAGAAAAAACGACAAAAUACAGGUUAAUAGAAAAGCAUUCGCAGAUCAUGAUCGUGAUUUUUUUGAAGUAGAUCGCGACGUUUUGAACCAGCCGAACGAGGAAGAAUUUUCUACCGCCGACUCCAUCUCCACCUCCAAUCUGCUGCCCCAGUCUUGGCUAUCCCGGUUUGUGUACCUGGUAAACGACUGCGAGCUGGACAACGACCGGGCGCAAACUCAAACUACCAACGCAUCCUGAGUAAAAACGUCGCCACCCCAUAGUACAUAAACACCCCAUAGCUGUAAUGCACAUCUGCACGCACACGCUGAAAGUGUUUCUCAUGCGGACCCCCUCCAUGAGAAGCAUGCACUAGUCGUGUGUCGAACAAAUUUGUCAUGCUCCAAUAAGCAUGAUGUGCUAGAUCUGUGAUGCUGCUGAACUAGCUAAACAGGAUUACACUACGAGGCAUGCAUAGCUCCCAAAACUUGGAGACUUGUGUUGCAGAUCAUUUGCCAACUUGACUAUAAUGUGGGGACGUUUUUACAUAGGACACAAUGCGGUCAGCGCUCUGGUCGAAGAGGAGGAGGACGCGGCUACUGCAAGGAGAAAUCCCCCCUCCCCAUAUUGAAAGCGCAUCCUUCUGAAAAUUUGUGAUGCAGAUUUGUGGCCACAAGUCGGGUCUGUCUUGCAAAGAUGCACGCUCAGGCUUUCCGCCACGCUAUAUGAGUAGGCGAUUUGUAAUGCUGCAAUGCCUACAGGGUAGCGUAGCCGUCUACCAUGCUAGGCGCCUACACCAAAAGGCCCUACCUAGGCUUAGGAUCUGCGUGCAGUCCUCUACUGCAGCGCAAAUCUGAUUUGUGUAUCCAAAUCCAGCAUCAGAAGUUUCGUUUUGAUAUGGGGCGGGGGGAUUUUUCCUCUUGAUAGCGGCCGUGCUCCCGGUGUGGCGGACCCGAAAGCGGAAGCGGGACAACAAGAAGGCCGCGGAACAACAGAAGCUGCAAGAAUCCGGCGCGACGACGGCCCGGCGGCGGGUGUUGUCGAUCCAGGAGAAGCGGAAGCUGCUCGCUUUAGAGGGAAUCGAGGACAUCUACGGCAUGGGCAUCUGGCUGGAGUUUGUCCGCUUCGGGUGCGAGUUUGCCGUUUCGGAAAUCUUCGGCCGGCCCGAUCUCGGGGUGGACCUGCUGGUAUCAAAAUGAGAAAUGAUCCCCCUAGUGCCCAAUACUCAAGCUGAAAAUUUGUGAUGCUGAUUUGUGGCAGAAAAUCAUGUCGUCAUGCUAGGUAGAAGGCAAAAUGUGCGGAAUGCAGUGCUGGCUGGCGUAGGAACGCCUUGCGUCUUGUUCAGCAUGACAGGAAGCAACUGGAAACGGGAAACAGCAUGACAAAUUUCCUGCAAACGAGGGAGCAACUUUGUCUCUUUGCCUUCUAGCAAUACAGGUCGACUACAACUUGUGUACUCAAAUACAGCAACACAAAUUUCGAUUUCGUGCUCAAUAUGGAGCUGGGGGAUUUUCCUCACAAUAGCUGGAAACCGUGAUCCACAACCGCCGCGCGUUUCUUAUGGCGCUCUCAAACGUUACAUUCUCAACUGUUACAUGAAUUUGCCAUGCAAAAGCACCUUAAGCCGGGCGGCAGAUGAUCGAGCUGCUUCGCAUGACAAAUUUCGGGAGGGCUAGACAGCAUCUAAAUCUGCGCCAAACUUGUAAUGCAAAAGGCGCAAUCUUCCUCCUUCCAAUUUUGCCAGUCUUGCAUUACAAAUUCAUGUAACAGUUGGGAAUGUAACAUUUGAGAACUCCAUAUUUCUCGGCCGCAGCAAGGCCGCAGCCCGGGGGAUACCGGAGCUGGAGCGGACGUCGAUGCAAUUAGCCUUGCUGGCGCAGCGUUCCAAGAUCGCGUUUCGCUACAUUCGCAAGCUCGCGGUGGACACACAAGUCGGAACGGUGAACGAGCGCGUGAUCGCGCUCCUGGGCCGGCUGUUGGCCAGUUCCGAGCUGGCAUUCGACGCGCGCCGCGAACUUUCGUCCUCGCUCGGGCGCGACCGCGGAGAGACGGCUGCGAAGAAACGGAAGGAAAAACACGGCGCGGAGGUGAAACAGAUGAAGCAAGCUGCUUCUACUGUCUCAUCUUCCAGCGGCGGCGCACAAGGUGGACUACACCAUAGUGCAAACAGAGAUCAUGGUGGUGCCACGACGACCGCAGACGGGACGACGAGCAAGCAGUCCCGGAAGCCCGGCGCGUUGACGGACCGCGAGCGGAAUGCGUGCAUUUCCGACUACCAGAAGUGGGCGUCGUAUCCUGAGUAAAAACGUACCCACACCAGAGUUGUAAUGCAGAUUUGCAAAGACAGGAAGACAUGUAAUGCGCAUCCCCAUGAGAGCCAUUUCCAAUCGUGUUUUGGAAUUUGUCAUGCUGUGAACAGCAUGAGCAGAUGAAUCUGUGACGCGGCUGCACUUGCUAACCAGCACUACACUGCGGGGUGCAAUUUGUCAUGCGUGACUCCCAAAACUCCUAGGUUUGUGUUGCAAAAUCCCCCUCCUGACUCUGGUGUGGGGACGUUUUUACUCAGGAUACGUCGCGGCACCUGUGCGCGAACCCGAAGUCCUGGGGCCUCAUGAUGCUGGUCGGCCACUGCAGCUGCAUGUCGGGCCGGAGUCGGUACGCGGCCAAGGAGUACGCGCGGGCGGCCGCGGAGUGCCCGCUGAACCCGUUGACGCACCUAUUACAGCGAAAAGUGCCCCCCACCCCUGAAAUUGCAAAAAUUUGUGAUGCGAAGUCUCCAAAUGAAAACUUUUUGUCAUGCAUGAAAGGAGUAUGAAUCUUUCUGAUGCAGAGUCUAGGCGUGUAUCGCAUCGCUUGCAUAACAAGCGCCGCUUUUGCUGGGGUCUUUUGCAAUACAAAUUUUUGCUAUUGUUCACGAUGGAAAACCUGUGAUGCUGAUAGAUGCAAGAGGGCGAAUGUUUCAUUUGGAAAGGUUUGCAAUACAAAUGCUCCCAAGUUCGGGGGUGGCGGCAUUUUUCAUUGUAAUAGCACCUGUGCCUCGGCGCCAAUCUGCUUUCCACCGCGAUGUCGCGCACGACGAACCGCAGGCACGCCGAGGUAUUGCGCGGCUGGCUCGCGCUGCGGAAAUACCAAGAGCUGCGGAGAUCCACGCACGAAGCACUAUGCAUUCGAAAUAUCGGAGAUCUGCGUCUGGAAAGGUUCUUGAACCUGGUGUACGUAGGUUGUAUUGCGUGUCUUACAUUUUAUUCGUGAAAAAUCUGUAUUUCGUAAGGCAGCAAAACAAGCACGAUGUAUAUGCAAUGCCACAGCUGUUUAUUGGAAUUAUGCGCACUUCUACGCAUGAGAAAGAAAACCCUGGCACGCUUGACCACGCUACUUCAAGGCGCACUCAAUCGUGACCAUUCAGCAUUUCUACAGGUUUCCAGAGAAGCAGCCUGGAGAUUUGCAAUGCAUAAGCAGAGACGUGGUACAACGUCGGCCGUGGGCACCACCUGCUGGGGAUAUUGAAGUUUGCCAUGCACUUAUCCAGGAAAAAAAGUGUGUAAGUGAUGGACUUAACUUUGUAGGAUGAGUAGAAGCAUCUAUCUUCACAAAUUCGCUUUGCAUAAUUAUACAGGAGAAAAAACCUGUCCUCGUCAUGCGCAUGUAGUUGUACGGGAAAACACGACGACGUAUGGUCCGCUGAGCCUGUUAAGACGCACAUCCAGCAUGACAAGCCGUGAUUCUUGUUUUACAUACAUCCGCAACAGCACAAACUUACACUCGUUACACAGUUUUUUCUCGCAUAGCGCGCGUAUCGGAAGUGCCUGGAGUGUUUGGAUUCGCUCGGUCCCGUGAUCCCGGAGUCUCGCGUCGACUUGCUCGCGCUGCAGAGGUCCUGCGCACACAACUUACGCCUGCUCUUCUGCCACGCCGGCAAUCUGCAGCAGGCGGAAAGCAUCGCGAAAAAAUAUCUCGCGAUUGUCUGAUGAAGUACUUCUAGAGGCAUCAUGUAGAAGACCUGCUAAAGAUCUUUUUCGGCAGAUCGUCGUGUGGGAGGGACGGCUUUUUACUCCUACCAGCUUAUGCACUACACACACAACAAAUUUUGUCGCUGCCGCGGCAGAUGAAGAUGCAACACAAACAUGAAUGAAUCCGCAUGAGAGCUGCACCUGUUCUACUCUCAUUGUUCGGAAAUACUGAC